CCAAAGUUUUAUUUCCGGUUAGUCACUAUUACCUUUCCUAUUUGUUGAUAUUUCAUCAAGGCGUAAGGUCGGCACAUUUCUUGCAACAUGGCCAAGCGCACCAAGAAGGUCGGGAUCGUGGGGAAGUACGGCACCCGCUAUGGAGCCUCCCUCAGGAAGAUGGUGAAGAAGAUGGAGAUCACACAGCACUCCAAGUACACCUGCUCCUUCUGCGGCAAGGACGCGAUGAAGCGCAGCUGUGUGGGCAUCUGGUCGUGCAAGAGGUGCAAGCGCACGGUGGCGGGGGGAGCCUGGGUCUACAGCACGACGGCCGCGGCGUCCGUGAGGUCGGCCGUGCGUCGCCUGCGCGAGGUCAAGGAGCAGUAGGCUCGCCCGCUCCAUGUUCAAUAAACGCCGUUGUUCACAUCA